AUGUUAAAUCUCCUGAAAAAGAAGAAAGAGAAUCAACAGAUGAGAUGGUAUGUGUGUGCUGUUCGUAAUUUUUUAAGCGAGAAGUAUGGCUACUUGCCUCUACCUCAGAACCAAAUCAUCUCUAGUGUUGCUAAGAUGUUUCUGUUUUUUGUAAAUCGCUGGAAACUUGAGCCUCCCAUAAAGUGGCUCUGUUGGUGCAUUGUUCCUAUGUCCUGUGUUUCUCUCCCAUCACGGGAGUCUUCACACUUGUUUGGUCGCACAUUUAUCAAAGCCAUAUUUCCCUUCUUGUGUGAGCAAAUAAUUAUUCAACUGCAGUCUGGACGGUUCACCUCGCAUGACAAUCGGCCUGUUAUGCUUGCAACUUUUCCCAAAUUUCUUGAAGAGUUCAAGCAAGAAGUGUUUAGUGAUCAUUCUCAGGUGUGGAAACCAGACUAUCAACCAACAUCUGUGCAUUUUACAGAGAUAAUGCCAGAGGAAGACAAUAGCGUCAUAGACAGGGCAAGUUUGGAUGCUUUACCACAGGAACAGACAGCUCUUGCCGAUAUUCUGUUAGAAGAUCAGAGUCAUGGUAGCAGGUCUGGUGUAGUACAUCAAGAGGAAUCGGGUAGUGAAGAUCACCUAGUUGAUGUCCUGAACGACAGCAACGACUUGCUGAAUUUGUCUCUGCAGUCAGCUGAUUCAUUUGGUUCGCUUCCUGACUUAGACAUUGAUGAGCUACUGGCUAGUGACUCAUCUGUGUUUAACGACAAUGUUGGCCUUGGUAGAUUACGUGAAGAUUUGAGAGAUCUUGGGGCAUUAGAACUCAAUGAAGAAGUGUCUCAGGUGGAUGUGUCAUUGCCUUCGUCAAGUCUCAAUGUGUCGGAUCCUGCUACAAGUGUCUCAUCAGCUACCAAUGCGACCCUGCCUGAAACCUUACAACUUGCACCGUCUGCAAGUAUAUUGGAUGUUUCACUGACCGAAGGAAAUGAAGAAGACGUAUUGACUAGAGGAUUAGAAGAGCACAACAAGGAGUGUAGCAUCUCACCUGAAAUUGUGUCACCUAGCAAACGAAUGAGACUCGAUAGUGGGGCAUGCAGUGGCGACGGAACUGGGGGGGCCGUGGGGGCACGUGCCCCCACAAAAUGCUCUCCGUUAUCCAUGUCAUCUUGGCUGGUCAUCACCGUGGAGACUAUUCCUAGGCAUAGAGUUAGCAGUGUUCUUGGAUUUCUAUGGCCUGACAAACCGUUGUGCCCCCCCCACUCAGCAGAGGCUUCCUUCGCCUAUGGCAUGGACAAUGAAACUUCAUGCAUCUUGGCUAAGGUCAUCUCUACAACAAGUGAUCCUGAUGAGUUGCUUGGACCAGAAGUUGUCAUUCUUUCAUCCUCAGGGAAUGGAGCUCAAACAGCUCGGGGUGAUUUGGCAAGAGAAGAGGAGAGACAUAGUAUUAUUUCUUUUCGUAUCAUUGGAAAUUCUUCUGGUCUUCUGCCGGUGCCACGACAGGAGGUGGAUCGUCGGCAGCAUCUUGUGUGGCUAAUUCAACUCAGGAAUGUGUUUGCACGUCAGUUGCCUCGCAUGCCUCAGGAGUACAUUACUCGGCUUGUUUUUGACACGAAACAUCGAUCAAUGGUGUUGAUCAAGGAAAACAAUUUUGUGGGAGGGAUAUGCUUUCGCACCUUUCUCAGUCAAGGCUUUUCUGAGAUUGUCUUUUGUGCCGUGUCAUCAAAUGAACAAGUCAAGGGGUAUGGUACACACAUGAUGAAUCACUUGAAAGACUACAGCAUUAGAUAUGGGGUGUACCAUUUUCUGACUUAUGCUGAUGAGUAUGCCAUUGGGUACUUCAAGAAGCAGGGCUUUUCAAGGGAAAUAAAAUUACCCAAAGCUACAUAUUAUGGUUACAUAAAAGAAUACGAUGGGGCUACUUUGAUGGAAUGUGAAUUGAACCCUGCUAUUCCACACACACAACUAUCUAUCAUUAUAAGACGACAAAAGGAGGUUUUGCAUGAACUGAUUGAGAAGAAGCGGUCAAAGAAGAAAGUUUAUCCUGGUCUGACAUGCUUCAAACACAAAGUUUGAAAGAUACCAAUUGAGAGCAUUCCUGGUGUUUUGGAGUCAGGUUGGAAGCCUCCUGAUAGUCACAGCACUGAAUAUGUGGGUGAAGAGCCUGCAGCUUUGCAAUCACGUAUCAGACAAAUGUUCAAUGAGGUCAAGAGUCAUCCACGUACUUGGCCAUUCCGCAGACCUGUAGAUAGAGAAGAAGUUCCAGACUACUAUGACAUCAUACGAUUUCCAAUGGAUUUGCAAACCAUUGGACAACGAAUAAGGUCUGGCUACUAUGUGAGUCGAAAACUAUUUGUAGCAGAUGUGACACGGAUGUUAAACAACUGCAUGACAUACAAUGAUUCAGAUACUGACUACUAUCAGUGUGCAGUAGCUUUGGAGAAGUUCUUUGCAUCAAAGAUAUGUAACUGUUAUAGUGGAUAGGACAUUUCUCAUCCAACACAAGCUGAGUCUACAGAGGACAACUGCAGAAGCAUCUAUAGAUAAAGAUACCGAGAAGUUACGGCAUUCAAAUACAUCAAACUGGAAAUAUAAAAGGGGACUCUAGAGACUUCAGUGAUUGCAACCAUACUGACUUGUCUUCAGACAAAGUUAGUGUAUGUAGCAGCCAGAGGAAUGCAUAUAUAACAAAAUACUUUGGUAUAGGUCAAGAAUAGAUCUAAUAUUGCAAUUCCAUACAUUUUCUAGGAUAGAAAUUGUGUGACACUCUACAUAGAAUGUACACUUGCAAGCUGACCCUGGUCUAUUGCAAGACUUGCUACUGGUAGGUUUAUUAUGUUGUGUACCGUACAGUAUUGCUUGCUGUAAACUGA